AUGGCUCCCGUACAAUUCUGGUCGACCCCUGGUCUCUACAUCAAGUGGGCUGCCCGCAACAAGCCCGCCAUCUUCUGGUCCAUUGUCGUCGGCAGCGUCGGUCCCGUCAUGGCCCUCGUCGUCCCUCCCGUGCGCGCUCGUUUCGGUGACGUACCCAAUGGCCCUCGCAACAUUCCCUCCGGCUACGAAGACUAA